AUGGAGAGGCGGCAGCUUGAAAUGCCCGCCGAGGAAGGAGAGAAAGGACGAGCGACAGCGGAUGGAGAGAGCCACCUGGAACUGAGGCUUGGGAUCUCCUCGAACAGUUUUGGAGAUGCGGAAUGCGGCGAAGGCGGGGAAGCUGGCGCGACCGGCGGCGGCGGGCCCUCUACGGUGGUGGCGCCGCCGCAGCGCACGGGCGGAUGUGGCUCCCCUGGAACCAAGCGGGGGUUUUCAGAGGCCAUGAGCUGUCCCGUCGACCCUUGGAGAUUGGCCGCUCGGCAGCAGACGGCGGCGGCCAUGGAGCAGCGUUCGUCGGCUUACCACCAUAGCCUCAUAACACCGAGGUUGGUCGUCCUCCCUCCUCCUCCUCUCUUCUCUGCUACACCAUCAUCUUCUGACACUCUGCGUAGUUUCGGACCAAGCGCAGCGUCACUGCACUCGCGCACUGUAGAUAUUGAACAAAGGGCACAUAUCAUACAUUCUCUCGUUAGAGGGUUUUUGAGCGUAAAUUAGACAUUCUGAAUAUACGCGAAAAAAUUUAGAGGUGAGAGAAAGAAUGGACGACCUCGGAGCAAAAUUUAUGGGCUUUUCUCCAACAUGAGAAUGAAUAGUCUAGACCUUUAAUGCUGAAAAAUGUAUAAAUAUUGUUAAUUUUAUGUUUAUGGAGAGUACGGUUGAUUUUCUAACAUAAUUUAUUUUUUCGUUGAUAAUAUCAUCUAGAUCUCCCACACGCCCGUUGAAUGUUGGAUGGCCCCCACUGCGUGCCUUCCGCAAGAACUUGGCAACUCCACUACGGCCAAGUAUUGAAAUUGACGUUGACAAAGAAUCGAAGAAGUCAGACACCAAGAACAUGGCGAAGCCCAGUUCGAACUCUACUAUGUUCGUCAAGGUGAAAGUAGAAGGAUGUAGGGUGGGAAGAAAAAUCGACCUCAUGACCCACACCAAUUAUGGGUCUCUAUCUCGUGCACUCCACAGUAUGUUGCAUAAUUUCUUGUCUGGUGAGUGGGUUUUCAUCUAUUUUAGUAUCUUGAAAAUUUAGAAUAAACAUUUUUUUCCAAUAAAUUCCUCGUUAUGAGGACAGCCGUAUUGCCCAAAAAAAAUCAGUGGGUGUUGGAAUAUACCAUAAAAAAACUAUGAAUUAUCUAUUUUUUGACAAUUUUUAUUUUGUAAAAAUAAAUAAAUUAUUAUUCUCUUAUACUAUCAUCUUAAAACUGUCAAUAUGAAAAUUUUACAUGAAAUUUUGUGUUUAUUUUGCAUGUAGAUAUUAUUCUACUACAUGCUUUACAAUCAUGUUGAUGAAUUUCUUGUUCAGUUGAUUACUCUAGCAACAUUGAGCUUAGCCCAGAUGAUGAGCUGAAUUCUACUAGCUAUGUCAUCCUCUACGAAGACAAUGAGGGUGAUCAGAUGCUUGUUGGGGAUGUACCUUGGGAGUAUGUAACUUGAUCUUCAUAUCAUCAUUAUUCUUUAUCAUUUAUAUUUUCUGCAUGAAAUCCCAAGAAAUUUAUGUCCAUCUAUUGUGUGUGGGAAAUUCCCUAACUAAAUAAGUGAUGCAGAUUGUUCACAAGGUCUGUGAGAAGGCUCUACAUUACGAGGAGUUUAAGUGAUCAAACGGCAGGUAUAUUAAUUUAA